AAGCCGGUCGCAAACCAGGUGACUUAAUGAUAGUCAACCAUUUUGAAUGUAGGAGGUAAAUUACAGGUAAAUUUCAGAAGUUGCUGAAAUUUAAUAUGGGAGAUACGGAAGUGACUAAUUAGGUUGAAAAACAAUGAAAAUGGGUGCACUACUGUAUACGUAUAUUGUAGUGGUAAUUCUGUCAUAUUUUGUGACAAAUGUAGUUUCACAAGGAUUGAUAACACCACCUGUGCCAGGUAGGGACCCUAUAGAAGCCAACGGGAGACUGUAUAACCUCCACUAUGUGCCAUCAAAAUGUGUGGACCCCUAUCUGCUGGCACAAUCUGAAUUUGGCGGUGGAGGAGUAGUAAUAAAAAACCAAAAGGUUCUGAUGGAAAAAUAUGGACCCUACUUUAUUCAAGGAAAUAUUGAAAUAGCGCCAUCGGGAUGUCUGGUAAUCAUGCCAGGCACUAAGAUGUAUUUUGGACCUGGAUAUGGUAUCCUUGUAAAUGGAACAUUAAUAGCUAGAGGAAGCUAUUUACAAGGUGGGAGAAUAUUGAUGACAAAACAUCCCAAUACCACUCAUUCUGUUGGUCCUAAUGGUGUUUGGCCGGAUGAUGCAAGGUUGGUUGAUGGAAACACUACCAGGGAUGGUAGACUAGACCUCCUGUAUAAUGGAAAAUGGAGAGGUGUAUGCACCAACUAUAACAAUUUUACGGAAAUAGAUUUGAAUGUCACUUGUCGGCACCUUGGUUUUGCAUAUGGCAAUUUUACUUACCAUUCGUUUGCAAGGAAUGAGACGGAUUAUAUGGUGUAUGAAAAGCCAGCUUGUCUUGGUUCAGAAAACAGUUUAUUUGAAUGUCCUGGCAGGAUAAACAUAAAAUCUGGACCUACUGUUUGUGAUGGACAGCAAGUUGUUGGAUUUCAAUGUGCUGGUCUUCGGCCGGAUCUUGCCAAAGAUCAUUGGAGAGGGAUAGAGUUUUAUAAUGCUACAGUCGACACAAUCUUUGAUCAGAAAAACCUUUUCUAUAAUUCGUCAAUUUCCUUCCUCGAAUACCUUGAUAUUUCAUAUGCUGGUCUGGAUAUUUACAAGGUUGAUGGUUUUCACCAUGGCAUGGGAAGCAUCAGCGCGAGCCCAUAUGUGCCAAUCAUGAACAAUAUCACCAUUACCAAUGGUGCCUAUGACGGUCUGAAUCUGACAGAUAUUCGAGGGGAGAUUCAUAUAGCCAACUCUACCAUUGCAAAGAAUAGAGGUUACGGAAUGUUUAUCAAGUCACAUGUUGGACGAACCCUGAUCAAUAUGACAAAUGUGCUCGAAAACUGGGGCGAUGGUGUAAAGAUGUACAUCACUAACUACACAAUUAAUGAAUUUAAUCGGGAUUAUCCGUCGUCUGAAUCGUUCUGUAGAACCCCAUCCUCAAUUUCUCUCUCGCAGUUUCCUGCCAUAUUGUAUGAGGAUGUUAUUACACCUACUGGGGAAAAACCUUUUGGGACUUACUGUAAUAAGAUAUAUACAACAGUACCUGGUAAAAUGAUAACCCUUCACACUAUCAUAAAUGAGAGGGAUCCGGAAGCUUCCGGCAGAAUCAUCAUUCGAGAUGGCGGACAAGAUUCGAAAAUCAUCCAAGAUUUUCCCAUAGAUAAUGGAACAUUCCCACAGUCUAUUACUACAAAGACAAAUAUAAUGUUCAUCCGAAUGGAAUACUCCUUGCCACCAACUCCGCCAAGUGGUGUUGAUCCGACAAAAAGAUGCAAACACCUUAGAGCCUGUAUUAGAUUUAUGCUCGAACUUACAACUGAUUUUGGUCCAGACACUGAGCUUAGGAUUAUUAACACUACUGUGGCCAAUAAUACUGGAUAUGGUGUAAAUGUUCAGGAUGUGAGAUCAAAAGUUGCUCUCAAUGCAUCUGUUAUAUCAAAUAAUCGUUACGGUGCCGGUUUACGUAUUUACCAAGGAGCAGCAGAAAUUGCUGUGAAUAAUACGAUUAUAGAAUAUAAUGAACAGUGUGGUGUAAAUAUUACGUACUCUGGCGGAUACCAGUUGUUUAACAUGUCAACAAUUUCAAAUAACUAUGGUUACGGAGUGAUUACUGAAUAUUUGAGAUUAAAUAGGACUCGUAUUGAACUUAUGCAAAAAAUUGAAGUAGUUAAAUCAAUUUUUAAAAUGAAUGAAUGGACAGCAUUUAGAAUAGGUAAUUACUGUCGUGGCGGGGAAUAUUUGUUCAAUUUAACGUAUUUUGGUCACAACAAGCAUGAAACUAUUGAGUACCUGUCGUGUAACAUUUCAACUUUACACAAUACUAACUUCAGUAUGGCUUUCAAUGUAUUUGAAAAUAAUAAGCGACAUGCAGUCCUUAUGUCACCUGUUGUGAACACUGUUGGAACUUUUACGAAUAACACAUUUAGAAAUCAUACACUAGGAGUUCUGAGAAUGAAUAAUGGCUACGAUUUUAUUGAGAAUCGCUGGUAUAAAGAGUUUGAUGUUCAGUAUAAGAUAUUUGGCAAUCUAUUUUAUGAUAAUAGUGGCCGUUACGUCGUAAACUUUCGCUUAAGUCAGCCAGGACCACAUCACUUUUUGGAUUUUAAGUUUAACAAAUUAGUUGACAAUUAUAUAACAGAUCCAUUUAUGUAUCUGAAUCCCCGUAGUAAGGCAGACGCAGUGAUAGUUGCAUCGUCUGGUAACAUCGAAGUACAGCGGAACUGGAUAUAUAAUCCGGGAUCAGUGCGUGAUAUAGCAACCCAUUUGGUAGAUCCAUCAGUUAUCAUAAAAGCAAAUUAUAAUUGGUGGAACACAAGAGAUCAUGGAAUAAUUUAUCGAAGACUUUUCGACCAAAAGAAUCGUUUUAAUUUAGCUGAACUGGAAUACUAUCCAGUCCUUAAAGAUGAAUGGCUAUAUGGGACAUACGAUACAAGUGAUGAACCGAAACAUAGAUGGACGUUUCAGAGAGGUUCGAAGAUAGGUGGUGUUUUAGAUGGUGUGUUUACAACAGAUAGUAGAAUAAAACGAUACACUGUUGAUAGAGAUAUAUUUGUGCUGCAAGAUGCAGUGCUCAAUAUAGAGCCAGGGACAAUAUUUGAAUUUGAGUCCUCCAUCGGUAUGGUUGUCCAUGGCAGAUUGAAUGCUGAUGGAGCAGUUUUUCCAAUCAAAUUUAAACUGUAUGAGGAUGAAAUCCUUCCGCUCGCAAAUCGUUCAAUCUAUGAGAAAAUUAGACUGGUUGAAGGUUUGACAGAAUUUGAAGGUAGACUUGAACUCAACAUGACUGGUGAAUUUGGCACAGUCUGUAAUAAGGGAUGGAGCAUUCAGAACUCAGCUUUAGUUUGUCAACAGUUGGGACUGACCUACAAUCCAAACUUUGGCGUUCCUUUGAAGAAAAUGUUCGGACUUUCUCAAACAAUUUUGCUGAGUCACGUUGACUGUGAUGACCUAGAUGUAGACAUAUUUGAGUGCAAAGCACGGAAGGUUGGCGAGUUUGAAUGUGAUCACACUAUGGAUGUAUUCAUACGCUGUCAAUCUCCUUCAUGGUCAGGGUUAACAAUACCGGCUAUUCCCAGGUACGGUCUUACAGCUGAGUCGAGGAUCAACCAUCUAACAAUUGAAAAAGCUGGUCUUCUAGACUUCGUUGACAUGACUUACUCCCCUGGUUUCCGUAUUGACUACAAUUUCUAUUCUAUGUCUCAUAUAACAGUGAAAGACUGUGUGUCGGACGGGAUCAACAUAAAAUAUAGUAACCCAUUCAGCAGAAACCAGUUUGAGCAUAUUACUAUUGAAAACAACCUUGGCAAUGGAAUUUUAACCAGAAGUCCGUUUUUGAAGCUUUCUCAUUUAACUUUAACAAACAAUGGUAAAGCUGGUUUCAUUUAUGAUCCGAUGUUCACAGAAUAUGAGGCAUUGAGUGUGAGGAAUUUUAUAUAUAGGAACAGAACAGUGCCUAUAACCCAAGUAUCUCAGAUUAAACUAGGCAAUCGAGAAAUGCAGUUUCUGACUUGCCCAGCAAGUCAGACUGAAGAAGAAGCAACAUACUGGGUUGAAAUUUUUGCAGAAACAAACACAUUCAGAGUAGUUGUGCAAGUAUUUGACUAUAAUCCUCAAACAAGUAUUGAAAAAGUUACUUUCUAUGAUGGGAGAAGGUCAGAAUGGCAACAGCUGAAGUCAUGGACAAUAGAGGAGGACCUUGUUGACUUCCCUAUAGUUUCUCAAGGUCAAUUUAUCACAAUGAAGGUCACUGUCAGGGGACUGAGGUCAGGACGUUUGGCACUGGCUGUUAUUUCAAGUGGUUCAUUAGAAGCUUUGAAAAUGCAUUCAAUGAUACAUAUAUACAAUGCAACUAUAAGAAACAAUGAGCGAGGUGUUGUAACAAAACAUUACAAUAACCCAUCCAACGAAAAAAUGGAAAUAUUUCACCGAGCCAAACAUGAGGAGAUAUCAUUUGAUUCUAUAAAAAUUGAAAACAGUAAAGAAGAAGCAAUGUUCAUACCAAGUUUGACAAAGUACCAUUCAAAUUUCAUACCAACCUUUGAGGAAAUGACGAGGCCUGAGAGAGUUGGUGCAAUCACUUAUAACAUCAAAUUUUCAAAAUUUAUUAACAACAAGAAAGGAAUUCAUGGUGAACAUAAUCACGUGGAUUUUGCGAACAAUGUUUGGAAAUGGAAUGUGACAUAUUUAGAAAUCAUCGGGUGUCAAAGUGGCGGCUUUGAGAUUGAACUGCCGAGGGUGAACGACAUGUAUGAGAGGCAAUUUCACUCUGUUUCAUUCACUCAGUCUAAAGCUUUUAAUAAUCAGAAUUUUGCGUUUGGAGUGCUUGGUUACUAUGCAGUCGUUAAUAUAUCCAACAACAAUUUUUAUGAUAAUAUUUGCAGAAAAGGCUUAAUGACAUUGGAUGGAAUGGAGAAAUCUUUGAAUUUUAAUGACAACAGGAUGGAAAAUAAUAACUGCAAGUAUGUCGUUGAUUUUGAUUUGAAGAGCCAUUCAGAAUACUCUGAGAAUGUGGAAGGAUUUUUCAGGAAUAAUGUGAUUAUCAACAAUAGGUAUAAUUAUGUUACACAAGGGUUAGGGACAACAAACACCCCAGUAACAUUUGCUGUUGCUAUUCAAGGUGUCCAAAAUAUUACAGCACGAAGAAAUGUUUUUGAAAAUCGUGAACUUCAAUAUGAACUGGUAGCAGGAAUAACUUCACUUACUUUAGACAGUACUUUGGACGUUAGAGAAAAUUACUGGGGCACCACAGAUCAGUAUAUGAUAAAAGAAAGGAUUUUUGACUUUGAUGAUUGGAAUAAUUUUGCUAUUGCUGAAUAUUUCCCUUUUCUGUCCAUAGCAAACCCUUCCGGCGAUAUUUCUAAUGAUCAAGAAAUAAAGAUCGAGUUAGAUUUAAAUCACCUGGGUGGACGUAUUUGGAAAGAUUUGACUUUACCUGCUCGUGGAAUGCCUUACAUUGUGUAUUCAGACCUAACAGUGAUGCCUGAAGUUAAGUUUACACUCCAAGCUGGUACUGAGCUCCAGUUUUAUCCAAAUGUUGGUAUUCUUGUUUUAGGACAGCUUGUUGCUAGUGGGAUUCCGAAUGCAAGAAUCAAGUUCGGUCCAGUUGACACUGGGAGACAGAAGCGACAGAUUUCAUCUUCUUCAGAUUUCAUGGCAGCCUCUGAUAUAAGGUUAAGUGGACAGAAGGAUAAUGAAGGAUUUUUGGAGCUGUAUAAUUCAACUUCAAAGUCAUGGAAUAUUAUGUGUGAUAACCAGUUUAAUGAGAAAACAGCUGAAGUUGUGUGCCGUUCUUUAGGGCUCGAGACUGUUAAUGUUGAUGUCAGAUUCACAACAUUAUAUGAUUAUUAUGUUUAUGGAAAAGCUAUGUAUUUCUUAAAGGAAUUCUGGGGAUAUGCAUAUUAUUGCAAAGGUAAUGAAGAAAAUCUUGAUUUAUGUAUGAAAAGGAUUAACUACAAUAUCAACUCUUGCAUCUUUGCCGCUAACUAUACCUAUAUACAUUGUGGGGAGAGAAAUUUACCUCAAACGAUGGACUAUUGGGGUAAUAUAAGGUUUGCUCCUUCAAAUUAUGAAGAAGAAUUGAAUCCAUUUAUAAGAGAGAAAGAUCGUUCACGUCUGCAGUACGUGGACAUUGAUGGCGCUGGUAUGCUUCAUGGUGAAAAGGUGGGAGCUAUCCAGACAACAUAUGUCAGUCCAAUAAUGAACAAUAAUAACAUUACGCGAAGUAUUUUAAAUGGUAUGGACAUCAUUGCUCCUAGACAUACUGUUGAUAUAAUAAACCAAAACAUAUCAGGAAAUCUAGGUUAUGCCAUCAACAUUCUUGUUUUAAACGGAGAUUCAACGCCUUCGAUGACAUCAUCAUUUAUACCAUUGAGCACAAACACAGUUCCAUACAACUUGUAUGGAUUAGUAGAUAUUUGCCGCAGAGAAAAAGAGAUAACACUCAACAACAGGUUGAUUUUAUUUUACAAAUAUUCCCAAUCAGCUGUGGACUGUGUAAAAAUCAUCAGAGGACUUAGCAGUGUUGGGGCCAAAUCAGUUGCUCUACGUUUCUUGCAAUUCAGUCUUUUCCACGAUGACUUUUACAGAAACAUGGUCGAGAUAUUUGACGGAAAAGAUAUCUCUGAUGAUAAUAUGCUGGCACAGCUUACUGCCAACAGUGCACAGGAUCAGAUAAAGUUGAAGUACACAAGUAGUAGCGAUUAUCUGACUGUACAUGUACACGCUUCACCUUCUUAUGGUUUCUAUGGUUUCAUCGCUGAAGUUGUCACUAUACCAUUGUCAGGACUCACAUAUCCAGAUGACACUAUUUUCCAUAACAUUAAGCAUACCAUAAUGAAAGGUAACCAGGAUGGCGCUAUACUGUAUAACAAUGUUGGUGAAAUUACCCCAUCGCUGUUUGUAGAUCAUUGUUGGAUCGAAGGAAAUGGUGUGGCAAUACUGAAUCUUACCUCUCCUCCAGUUAUCAAUGUUGGUCUCCAAUCUACUAAGAAGUUCAACUUUCAAAACAGCUUUGUCAGUAGAAAUAAAGGUGGGAUGUAUGUUGAAGCAAGAACUUUGUCUGCUGCUACAAAACUACUUGCGAACAUAACAAAUAAUGUAUUUGCCUAUGGUACCAAUGGCGAAGUAUUAAAUUUGACAGGACACCAUUAUGAAAAAAUUAUGCUGUAUGAAAACUACAUAUAUAAUAACACGGCUGGAGACUAUCGUGACAUUAUACACGUUCAAAAUGUUGUCGUUAACUUCACGUUUAACACUGUCACCAGAAACACGGGACAUUAUAUUGUGCGAUUAUAUAACACAGAACAGACAGAAGCCACACAGGAGUACACACGUAACUUGUUUAACAAAAACAAUGCCACAGCCCUGUAUAGAGCAUUGUUUCAUGUUGGCAGUGGAAACCCAAAAAUUAAUCAUAACUACAUGGUUAAUCAAGAAUGUGACUUUGAACUGGAAUCAAAUCCAGUCAAUAGACUGUCAAAUGGUCAACCAGCUUACAGUUCUCCAAUAGAUGCCACAAAGAACUGGUGGGGAUCUGAAAGUACUGGCUAUGUUAACGGGAAAAUCUGGGACAAAUUAGAUAAUAAUUCUCUAGUAGCUGUAGACUAUAUGCCUGUGAAAAUCAACAAUGAGUCACUUAUUUAUGGAAAGUGUGCACCAGGAUGGUUCCUGGAGGACAAUAGAUGCUAUAAAUACAUGGGGGCAGCAUUACCAUAUGCUGAGGCCAACCAGUUCUGUAAAGAGAAUGAUGGUUUCUUAGCAGAAGCAAAGGGAAGAGUUGAAUUCUUGAAGUAUUUAUUACGUCUUACAAUGAAUGUAUAUAAUGAGAAUAAGCGUGUCUGGGUAUACUCGGAGGUGACAUCUGGACGGUGUAGUGCCAUCGAGAAGAAUUACAUCACAGAGGAAUAUGACUGCUAUAAUGUCUUACAUCCUUUUAUAUGUGAGAAAGAUCCAUACAUCACUCCUCCAGAUUCGUCUAUAUAUGCAGCAGUAAUAGGUAUAGCAGCUGGAGUAUUUGGUGUGGCUGUCGUUAUUAUAAUAAUCCUGGCCUGCAUGUGGUGCGUCAAAUCCAAGCGCCGCAAGAGGGAAAGAUUUGAACGACAGUCUUCAAUAAGGUCAUCCAUUAAAGGGUCAACUAUAAAGUCAAGGUCAACAAUGAGCAUGUUAUCUGAAGGUCAUUCAAAACGUAGACUUGAUCAGUUGUCUUUGUCGUCAUCAAAAUAUUUGUAUGAUCAGAAAUCACUGGGAGCCUCGCAGAUGAGUCUUGGUGGUGUGACCGAGGAUGAAACAACAACUGAUCCCAGAGAAGCACGGCGUAAGUUGAGGCAGCGUGCUGAAAUGGCUCGUGGAAGGAGAGAUAAUGAAUCACCUAGAUAUGAUCGUCAUGACUUCCGAAAUGGUAACGCUGGUGGUAGGAGAGGUCGGGAAUAUAGUGAAGAUGUCAGUGAUGAUGAACCCAUUGCUAGAGGUCGACCUGAUAAACAUCAUACAAAUGGAGGCUAUAAAAACUCUGAUGAAAGUCAUGACUAUACGGAGCGUGACAGUGAGGAUGAUGAUUGUGUGAAGAAACCACUGACAGAUAGUGAUGACGAGGAUGACAAUAGGAGCAGUUUUACACCAGUGAAAUUUAAACCUAAUGUUGAAAAAGAGUUAGAUUCCAUACAGAUGAAUGCCAAUGGAUCAAUACAGUUUAGACGUCAAGAUGACUCUGGCAGUGUUGAUCUGAGUGGGAGACAACUUCAGAGGUCAAUGUCCAGUUUUAGUGCUCAUGAUUCACAAGAUAAAGGUUCUACUGCAAGCAGUCAGGGUAGUGGGAUAGACAGAAGAGAUUUACCAACACCUCCAUUACCUAUGAACAUCCCAACUAAACCAAGCAUCGCAACCCGUCCACAACCUAAACCAGUUCCGGCACCAAGACCGAAACCAUUACCUUCUGCAAGAUCAUUUGGUAGUAAGGAAAACUUAGGGGAAAUAAAAAUGAAUAACUUAAGUCAAGAUGAGGCAAGUGAUUUCCGUGGAAGUAGAGAGAGACUUGAUGAUGUUUUUAGUGGUAGAAAAGCUCCAAGCAGGGAGAAUUUGAACACAUUUAAUGAGCCAUACAAACAGUCAAGUAACAGAAGUCGUGAAGAUUUAACUGACACUGGAUUAGGUGUUGGUGUGGAUUUAUUGCCACGCCAUAAUAGAAAUGUAAGAGAUGUAGAUGAAGGAAGGGACUCCCCUCUUCAUACAAGUCGCGAAAAUUUGCUUCCUAAACGAAAAGACAGUGACAGUUAUCGACCCCCAAACUUAAAUAGGAGUCGUGAAAAUAUCUACCAACCUGAUCUGUAUAAUCAGGCACCAAAUUCUGGUACAGGACGACCAUAUCAAUAUCAGGGAACUGAUCCAGGGGUGGAGUAUAUGGGACGGCAAACUCCACAGAACACAGAUUACAGUGAUGCAACAGGGAUUGACUAUUUACCUAGGGACACGAGAACUCCGAUGAAAAGUCGGUUUAUGAUGGGUGUGCCUCAACACAAUACAGACAAUCAGCCACAAUCCUACACUCCAUAUCAGACACAGGAUCCUGGUUAUCAGCACAGUCCAUCAGCUUAUAAACCUAGUUACCAUGACAACAGUGCUAGGUACGAGCCAGACUCGUACAAACCUCGUUAUCCUUCAUCCAGUGCAAGCGAAAGUAUGCCUCCUCCCCCGUCAUUUGGCAGUGGAAUAGACUACUUACCUAGAAAUAACUUUAGUCCUUCCUCACAAAUGGGUGAUAGGUCAAAGUCACGUGAAAAUAUUUCACGGUCAAGGGAAAAUCUGUCUCGUUCUAGAGAAAAUUUAAGUCGAUCCAGGGAGUACUUAAAUGCAGGUCAAAGGUCAUAUGAUAAUGAUUUGCGAGAAAAUUCUACUGAUGUUGUGAAACCAAAGCAACAGAAAUCAAUAGAAACAGAAAUCUAAAAUAUUAUAUCAGGUUAGACAUAAUAACAUAUCAAAUUUUUACAUAUCAACUAAUAUUUUUGUUUAUAAAUGCGAUUUUUUAUAUUUAUAGAUCCAUUUUGUUAAUACAUAUUUUUUUUAUGUAAAUAGAAACUAUAUAUAUGUUUUAAAGCAGACAGUUGUGACACAAGGUUGUGAUGUAAGUAGUGUAGCACAUACAUGUAUUUAUGAUUUAUUUAUACAAACUGGUGAUUCAUGUGUAAAUUUAGUUCAAAGGGCUCAGUUUAGGUGACUUUUAAUGACUUUUUAUUAUUGAAAGAAAUAAAAUCUUCAUUUUUUUCCUUAGAUUUGACUGGCGGGUUUUGCUUAUGUCACUCUCACAGUCACUGUGUAUUACAAAUUGAAAAACUUUCUUCUUUUGUCAAGUGUUUGUUUUACAUAUGGGGACUACAAUAUAAUACAUGUUUCUAUUAUAUUUUUGUUAAGUUGUAUUUGAUGUUAUUUGAAAUACAUGUAUCCCAUAUUUACUUGAAAUUUUCAGAUUAUUUUUAACUAUUUUUUUUUCUCUCAAUAAUUAAUGUGCAAUAAAAAUGCAUAAGUAAAUAUACAUGUAGCUUCAUUAUCAGAAUAUCAUAAAGUACAGCUAUUUACACAUCAUACAUACACUAACCAUAAGUCUUGCUAUCAAUGUAUAUAAAAUAAUUAUAUAAAAUAAUUAAUAAUGAUAUAAAAUAAUCAGUGUUAAAACAGACUAUGUGAAUGUUCCUGCGAUGUAUAUAUUUAAGCUUUAUAUAUGUUUUAAUGAGAAAACAGGGCAGUUUAGUGUAUAACCUGUAUAUUUACUUGACUAUUUUGACAUGUUUAUUUCCCUUGUCUUUUUAUUUUCUCUGUCUUUUUAAAGGUUGAUCUUGUUCAUGAACUGUUUCUUUAGAAAAAAGGGGAACUCAUCUAGUGAAAGUUUGUUUUCUAAAAAUGAUGUUGUCAGAAUAUUUUUCUAAAAAUUGUUUAAAUAAUUGAAAAUAUUCCGCUUCAACGGGUUAAAUUAUUUAUUUUACAUAUAUGUAACGUGGUUUUAUUUGUGGUACUGUAAUUAUACAUUUCAUCAUAGAUUAUAAAUAGUGCUAUGUAUGUACAUAGCAUAUGCAUGCACGUUGAGCUUUGUGCCUGAAACGAAAUGCAUGUAUCAUAAUCUGUUUAUUUUAUAAAAUAAAUAAGUUGAAUCCAGGGAGUUAUUAAAUAGCUUUAAUUAACAUAAAACUGCUUAUUUUAUGUAAGUAAUUCGUACAAAGAUUUUUAAAGAAGAAAUGUGAUGAAUAUUAUUAUUUUCAUGGUUAAAAAAAUGCUUUGACUCAAUGUGAUUAAAAUCGGCGCCUGAUUGACAUUUUACCAUACUAGGCUGUUAUAGUAAGUAAGUAGAUCUGAACUUAAGUCAGCUUAAGAACAGUCUCUAACCAAUAUGUAAUACACUAGUAGUUGAUAGGCUUUAUUUUACUGAAAUAUCUCAGUAUAUAAUAAACGUUUCAAUUUAAGUAUAUACUCUAUGCUAUAUAUAUCAGAGCUUUUAAAAUAGGUUCAUAAUUAUUCAUUCCUUUUACCACAUGUAGCUUAAAAAGCACUGAAUAUAUUAAAAGUUCAUAUAAACAUAUUGUAUUAUAAUGUUAGGGUUUUUUAUUGAAAAUGUUUGAUAAAACUAAUGAUUCAAGCAAUUAUGUAAAUUAAAUUAGUAGAUUUAAAUGUAUAUAAUCAGAUAGUGUACAGGUAUAUUUGUAUAUAGGUAUAAUUUUUAUUCUGUCUAUAUUUUUUUUUACAUUCCAUUCUGUCUUCGCCAUUCAUUCCUGUUUUAUGUAUACAAAUUCCAUUUUUAUACUUUAUUCUUACCAAUAAUAAUAAAUGAAAAUUGAAAAAUU